UUAUUUUGAAGGGAAGCGGCGUGCGUGCUUCAGAAACUACAGCGAAUGUUGACAUCGUAGAAAAAUGGCGGCCCGCGGGAACGGCAGCGAGAACAGUGGAGAGGAUAUCUCCUCAGUUAUGGGAUUCUCUGGUUUUGGAAAAAAGGCUCGAACGUUUGAUCUAGAUGCCAUUUUUGAGCAGACUCGGAGGACGGCUAUAGAGAGGAGUCAGCGAAUUUUAGAGGACAGGCAGAAAGCUGAACUGAGCGCUGGUCCCAGCAGUGAUGCCAGUUCUGCCUCCAAACACCAGGAAAAACCAUCAGCAUCCACAUCCAGGCAGCAGGCAAGUGAUGACAGCAGCGACAGCAGCGACUCUGAACCCAUCGGCCCCCCUCUGCCCCCGGGUCUCUCCGCUCAGCCUGAGGAGGAGGAGGAUGAGCUGAUUGGACCCCCGCUCCCACCAGGGUACGGCGGCAGUAGAGCGGACGACGACGAUGAUGAUGACGACGACGAUGAUGGUGAUAAUGACACCGCAGAGGAUGAUGACGACCCAGUAAAGAAGAUUCCAGACACACAUGAGAUUACACUUCAGCACGGGACGAAGACGGUCUCUGCUCUGGGCUUAGACCCCUCCGGUGCUCGGCUGGUAACUGGGGGCUACGACUACGAUGUGAAGUUCUGGGACUUUGCUGGGAUGGACGCGGCGCUGCAUGCCUUCAGGUCCCUGCAGCCGUGUGAAUGUCACCAGAUCAGAUCCCUGCAGUACAGCAUCACUGGUGAUGUAAUCCUGGUGGUAGCAGGAAAUUCUCAAGCCAAAGUGCUGGACCGUGAUGGUUUCCAGGUUCUAGAGUGUGUUAAAGGGGACCAGUAUAUUGUGGACAUGGCCAACACAAAGGGACACACGGCCAUGCUGAACGGCGGCUGCUGGCACCCCAAGAUCAAAGAAGAGUUCCUCACCUGUUCCAACGAUGGAACGGUGAGAACGUGGGACCUCAACAGUGACAAGAAGCACAAGUCUGUGUUCAAGCCUCGCUCCCUGCAGGGCAAGCGAGUUACUCCCACUUGCUGCACCUACAGCCGGGAUGGGAAGCUCAUUGCUGCGGGCUGCCAGGAUGGAACCAUCCAGAUCUGGGACAGAAACUUAAGUGUCCACACCAAGUUUCACUGUCGCCAGGCUCACACUCCCUCCACCGAUACCUGCUGCCUCACCUUCUCUUAUGAUGGAACGACCCUGGCAUCACGAGGAGGGGAUGACACUCUCAAGACCUGGGACCUUCGCAACUUCAGGAAGCCCCUCAAUGUCGCCACAGGGCUGACCACCUACUUCCCAAUGACAGACUGCUGCUUCAGUCCCGAUGAUAAACUCCUAGUGACAGGCACUUCAGUAAAGCGAGACGAGGGCAAUGGCAAACUGGUCUUCUUCGACAGAGAGUCCUUCAAGAAAGUGUACGAGAUUGAGGUGGCCAGUGCGAGCGUGGUUCGCUGUCUCUGGCAUCCGAAGCUGAACCAGAUCAUGGUGGGGACGGGGAACGGCCUGGCCAAGGUUUACUACGACCCAGUCAAGAGUCAAAGGGGAGCGAAGCUGUGUGUGGUGAAGAACAAGAGAAAAGAGAAGCAGGCCGAGACACUGACCCAAGACUACAUCAUCACACCCCACGCUCUGCCCAUGUUCCGAGAGGCCAGACAGCGCAGCACCAGGAAGCAGCUGGAGAAGGACCGACUCGACCCCAUGAAGUCCCACAAGCCUGAGCCACCAGUUUCUGGACCAGGAAGGGGAGGUCGUGUGGCUGCCCACGGCGGGACCCUGUCGUCCUACAUCGUGAAGAACAUCGCACUGGACAAGACUGAUGACAGCAACCCCCGGGAGGCCAUCCUGCGGCACGCCAGAGACGCGGCGGAGAACCCGUACUGGGUUGCCCCGGCCUAUACGCAAACCCAGCCGGAACCGGUGUUCGCAGACGAGGAGUCUGAGGAUGAGGAGGCUGACAAGGAGCCGGAGUGGAAGAAACGCAAGAUCUGAAGAAGAGGCAGGACUGAGUUUGGGUGUGGAAAGUUCAUGUGGACAGGAGUUCAUGUGAACAUCGGAUCUGGUGGAGUUUAUAAUCUCCCAACAAUGUGUUUUAACUGUUGAACUUUUCAUCUAGUUUUAGUGUCUGUAUGCGAGUGUGUGAGUCAGAGUGUUGAGAGAGAGAGAGAGAGAGAGAGAGGAAUCUGCCUCAGCGCUGCGCAGAGCCCAUUUGUAAUUGAUUUCCAUAAUGGGCAGAGGUCCAGAUUGUACAGACUGUGGUUUGGGUAGUUUUUUUAGUAGUUUGGCUUUGAUAUCGUUUUUCUUUUCUUUUUUUUUCCUUUUUUUUUUUUUUACUUUCCAUUAUAAUUUUGUCGUCAUGCUUAAAAAUAAACGAGUACCGCGUGUGUGGUCA